UAUCAUCUGCGCCAAGUAAACUCAGAAAAGCAGAGGCCAAAGAGAGAGAGAGAGAGAGAAAGAGAGAGAGAGAGAGAUCACAAAGAUUGGCGUGGCCAAAACGACAAAAGAAACCCCCUACAACCCUCUCUGGGAUUCGGCUCCCGUUCCAUUCCUUUUCUCCCCCUCCUCUCCUCUCCUCUCCUCUUCUCUUCUCUCCCAUUACUUCUACUAUUACUGCUGCUGCUGCUCUGCUACUUAGUGAAACCCCAUAGAGAGAGAGAGAGAGGAGGGGGAAAGAGCCACAAAAAGAAGCCAUUUUGAUAGAGAAGGGAAAUGUUGCUGGGAAUGGAGGGGGAGGAGAGCUCAGAGUGUAGCAGUGGGUGCCAAUCUGGGUGGACCAUGUACUUAGACCACUCCUAUGAGCCCCUCUCCACGCCUCCUCCUCCCCACUUCAACAAAGCCGCCACCUUUCGUGAAGCAGAAGCAGAGGAUGAAGAAGAUGCUGUAGAGGAAGAAGAAGAAGAAGAAGAAGAAGAAGAAGAGGAUCUCUCCAUGGUCUCUGAUGCAUCCUCUGGGCCACCCCAUUUCCAUGAAGAGGAGCCUCGCAACAACAACUGCAGCAGCAACCACUGCUACUGCUACUUUUGCUGCAAUGGGAAUGCCAUGUGCGCUUGCUCUGCUUCUACAGCAGCUGCUGCUUCUGCAUUGGCCAACAAUGGGGGGAAGAAGAGGAGAAUUGUUGAGCUGGAGCAUAAGCAGAGGAGGGAGGUCUCCUCUCUAAUGGAUGACACCGCAAGCUCCCCUCUCUUCAACCUUCCCAAGACUACUGCUGUGGAGAGUGCUGUGGAGUUCUCCUCUGCUUUCUCUGCAACCCAUUUCAAGGGAAAGCCUACAUUGCCCGAGCAUUCAUAUUGCAUGCAAUCCUCUUCUCCUGUUAAGGCAAGCCCAACAAGACCAGUGUGCAGGGAGAGAGGUGGAAAGAUGUGGUGAGAUAUUAUUAUCAGUUUAAACCCCCUGUAAUCAAGAGGAAGGUGUGGGAGGAGUUGCUGUAUAGAUCUCUAAGAGAUCUUCUUCUGUGUUUUCUUUCUCUUUCUUUUUUCCUUCUUAUUCUCUGUUUUUUUGUUUUGUCAAUGCAGUGGGAAACAACCUGAGCAAGAGAGAUGUGAGG